UUGUUUGUUUGUUGUUAUUGCUACGUGCGGUUAAUGGAAGAAAAAAUCUCGGUGCUUCAUCAUCACGGCCAACAAAUAACGACAUUUAUUCAAUUGGACUCAUGUAUCGAUGCUUGAACUGCAAUAUGCCGGUGGCACUCUCCUGGGUGUCACACCAUUCCUGCUUCCUCCACCAGCAAAGGAUUUCCAUCGACGAAUUCAAUCUUAUCGAUGGAAUCCAAGCUUCUGCAAACAGUGACUCUGCGAUUGAGGAAACGGAUGAUGGUGUAUGUUUAAACACCCAGGAGGAAGCUACUCACCGUAUUUGGAAUUGCGUCGUGGCGGCAAUGGAACACAACCAGGAUAUGCUCAGAUAUCCUACCGAUGCUCUGAGCAUAUCCCGGUUAAACGAUUCAUGGGUGCAGCUCGACGAAGAAUUGUUUCAGUAUGCAGAAGGCACCCUCGACGAGUGGAAAACAAGAUGGAGAGAAAAAACAACACUUAAAUGGGAAAUUCUCAAAGACACCAAAUUGACCAAUGAAAAGCUGGAUUUAUUUUUUUCUGAUGCAGAAAAACGACUUCUACACCUAAUGGGUCACAUCAAGAAUUUUCAAAUGAACGUAAUUCCAAUAUUUCCUUAAUAUGUAACAUCAUUUAUGGAAUAAAUAAUGUGAAAAUAAUAAAUUGUUAAUUUUUAUGAUUCAAUAUGCGU